UAAUAUUAAUAAUGUAUUUGACGUAUGAAUACAAGUGAUGAGUGAAUGACUAUUAAUAUUAAUAUUCAUAUAAUUGAUGACUAAUUAAGACAUAAACACAACAUUUGUCGCAAUUAUGUCUCAACAGAUGAGUCUUAGCGAUGAUGAAGAUAUCGGCGCUGAUGUCAAAGACACCAAUAGUACUGAUUUAUUACCGCCGUUUGAAGGCGUGCUCCAGAAGUGGACUAAUUAUAUCCACGGAUGGCAGCAGAGGUUUAUUGCUCUCAAAGACGGUACUCUUACUUACUAUAAGUCCGCCGAUGAAACAGCUUUUGGAUGCAGAGGUGCCGUCACUAUCAUUAAGGCUCAGAUCAAGUUGCAUGAGUUUGACGACUGUCGCUUUGAUGUUGGAGUUUCCGACUGUGUCUGGUAUUUGAGGGCUCAAUCCAUUGAAGAGAGGAACAGAUGGGUUGAUGCCAUUGAAGGCCAUCGGCAACACCACAACGACAGCGCCUACUCAAGUGAUAAUAGUCUUCGAAGACACGGAUCUGCUGUUUCUUUAGGGUCAGUGACGUCCGUUAAGAGUAAUAGAGGUCUUAAAGAGAAGUUGAAUGAAAUCGAGACAUUCAGAGAUAUAUUAUGUCAACAGGUUGAAUCGUUGCAAAAAUAUUACAAUAUGUGCGCCCAAACAGUUGGCAUAAACCACAAACUUAAUGUAGAUGAUGAAUAUGAAAAUAAUAUGGAUUAUGAUUAUGAUGACAGUGGAGCAGAACAUGUGAAAGAAGUGGCCACAGAAUUGGGUCCAAUUUCAUUGGAUUUAAAACGAGAUGCGAUUACGUUUAAGGCAACGACUGCCGGUAUAAUUGCAACUCUUUCUCAUUGUAUUGAACUAAUGCAUCAAAGAGAAGAUAACUGGAAACGACGUCUCGAUAAAGAGAUUGAAAAGAGAAAGAAAUUAGAAGAAAUACUAAAACAAAAUCAAAAUGAAUCGACACAACAAAACGUGAUAGUAAUCGGUGGACCCGAUUACGAGGAGGGCCCCCACUCUAUGAUAAAAGAGGACGAAUUUUUUGAUGCCGUCGAUGCAGCCCUUGAUCGCAAUGAUAUUGAAGAACAGGAAAGAAGACAAAUGAAAUUAGCGACUAAUAGUUUGAGUGAACCCUCUCCUACAUUACCUUCUGUUUGUGAUCAUCCUCUGUGGUCAGAGAUUGAAAGAGUAACAACAGACCAAUUAUAUUAUUCACGUUUAGAGAUCGGUGAGGGAGGAGCUAAAGGUUGGGAACUAUUCGCUGAAGACGGAGAAAUGAGAUUAUAUAAAAGGGAACUUGAAAUCGAUGGACUUGUUUGCGAUCCAUUAAAGGCUGUUCACGUUGUAAAUGGUAUUUCAGGACAUGAAAUGUGUUACCAUUUCUUUAGUCCUGACGUACGAUUUGAUUGGGAAAAUACAUUGGAGUCAAUGAAAGUGGUUGAAGAAAUAAAUACAAAUACAUUAAUAUUUCAUCAAAUUCACAAAAGAGUUUGGCCGGCGGCUCAAAGGGACACCACUUUCUGGUCACAUAUACGAAGAACUGAACAAAAUGAUGACAAUAAAAAUAGUGUCAAUCCAUAUAAUAUUUGGAUUGUUUGCAAUAACUCAACUGAUAGACCAAAUAUACCAUUAGGAAGAUGUCUUAGAAUGACAAUGACUGUCAGUUUAGUUUGUGAGACAUAUAUCAAUCCUAUACCAGAAAAAGGAAAACCGAUUACUAGAGAUAACUUAAAGUGUAAAAUAAUUUAUUGCUCAACAAUAAACCCGGGCGGAUGGGCGCCGGCAUCUGUUUUAAGGGCUUUAUAUAAACGUGAAUAUCCAAAGUUUUUGAAGCGUUUUACUCAAUAUGUCAAAGAUGUCACAGAAAACAAAGAAAUAAUGCUUUGAACACAGCGUUUGUAAUCAUUAUUUUUAAUUAACAUAAAUAUUUA